AUGUACUCCCUGGGCACCCUAUUUGACCCCCUUCGUCUCUAUCCUCAAAACCGCCGCGGCCGCCGCACCUCGAUCCGCUUCUCCUGCUGCUUGUCACUAUCAACACUAGGACGAAUGAAGACGAGAAACGACAGAACCAUGACCGAUUUCGCGCACAGAACGGCACCUCAGACGCAUUUCUCGACGAGCACCCAGCUUUUGGCGCUGAUCAAUGUUGCGAGAACUGGAAAGUGGAUCAAUCCACGUUUUUCAGCAACUCCUCUGGGCUCCGGCCUUGCAGUCAUUGUCGGCGCGAAGAGAUUUCCCCACAUCACGGACGACCUCUUCAAAGAUGUGUUCGUCGGGCUGCCCGAACAUGAGGUGGAGGACCUGGCGAUGUCCCAAGUCACUGAAGAGGAGCGGCAGAUCGCCCUAAACCUUACGUUCAUCCGCUUGCUACAAUUCUUGUCGUAUGAAGGGUCCCGCCUUUUGGAGGGUCUCCACGCUAUGGAGAGGCAGAGGGGAAACCGUGAGAUGCGUACCCGGGUAUUCAAUGAGGUGUCGCGUGGUGAUGAUGAAGAAGCUACGUUGGGGGUCGAUACCGUAAACAAAUUGAUCCAACUCAACUUCGACGGUGGACUAUCCUAUAUGUUUACGCAUCUCACCAUAGACGCGCAUCUUAUACCGCCGAGCGACAGGGUGAAUAUGGUAUAUUGGGCUCUCAGAGAGUCACCUAUGUUCGCAUGGACAGUCAGGAAGUGUGCCGAGCUGUACAACACGCGGAAACGGGUUCUGGUGGUCGCCAGAAAGGGAGAGGGGCAACCGCGCAAUACAGGCCAAAGUCUUCGUGUCCCGCGCCCUAGGCCGCCACUACGGCUCUGGGUGCUCAGGGGCAGCGGCUACGUUAGCGGGGGCGGCGUUGGCCAGGGCUACGUCUAG